UUUUCCUUUCAUGCUACAUCUGGUGACGGAGUUGCUACUGACCUCAACGGUCUUUCAUGUGAAAUGAGUCAACCGGCUGAAAGACAAUGAACGAGAUUUGUGUGAAUCUAAAGCAUCCAGAAAGGGAAAAUGAUGAACAGUGUGUGCAAGACGACAAGACAGAGCAAGACACAGCGGAAGAAAAACUAAUCAGCGCUAAUGAGCCUUCAUGGAAACCAUGGCCACAAUCCCGCUCACAAAUCAGAGAGUGUGUGCUAAAUGUGAAGAAGCUCCUGGUGUCUCUCGCCAGCAUGGAGUGGUACUGUUAUGCUCUGUUAGGGAUCAUCACAGCACUAAUGAGCUUCUUCAUGGACAUGACUGUGGCGAAGCUGCUAAACGCCCACCAGUGGCUGUACGGCUGUCUGAAGGGUCAUCACCUGCUGCAGUUCCUCUGCUGGACGCUUUACCCAGCCUGCCUUUGUGCUCUAUCCACAAGCUUCGCCCACAGCAUCUGCCCAUACUCUGCAGGCUCUGGUGUUCCUGAAGCGAGGGCUAUUCUCUUAGGAGUGGACAUGCCAGAUUACCUGUCUCUCUCCAAUCUGUUUGCUAAAAUGUUUGGCCUGAUAUGCACACUAGCCGCCGGCAGCACUGUGUUUCUCGGCAAAGUGGGCCCAUUUGUCCAUUUAUCUAUCAUGGUUGGUGCGUUCAUGAACCGUCUGCAUGUCUCCUGUCGUGGCGGAAAGCAGAGAGCAGCUAAAGGAGAAAUGCUGGUUGUGGCAUCAGCGGUGGGAGUUGCGAGCUGUUUUGGGGCUCCGAUAAGCGGCGUUCUCUUCAGUAUCGAGGUGAUGGGGACUCAUUAUUCAGUCAGAGAUUAUUGUCCCUGCUUCUUCGCAGCGGCGUGCGGCGCCAUCACCUUCAGGCUGCUUUCUGUCUGUAUUGGAGAUCAAGACACAAUCCAGGCCCUGUUUAAGACCAGCUUUUCUACUGAUCUGCCUUUUCAGCCUUUUGAAAUAUUAAUUUUUGCUCUGCUUGGGCUGUUUUGCAGUAUUCUCAGCUGUAUUUACUUAUUCUGUCAUCGCUGGGCUCUGCGUUUUGUCAAAACAAACAAACCCAUCAGCGGAUUUUUGGCAACAGAAAAGUCACUUUAUUCAGCCAUAGUGGCAUUUCUUCUAGCCUGCUUUACGUUUUAUCACUCGGCGGGACAUUUCAUAGCAUCCGAGCUCACAAUGAGGCAGCUGCUUACUUCAAUGCUAGACGGCACUUCCUGGUAUAGCAUUUCCCAGAAUGCAUCUGCACUGCCUGAGCCACAAAACACAUUCUGGCAGGCCUGGAAUCCACCAGGCAGAAGUUACUUCCAAACGCUGGCAUUUUUCAUUAUCGCCAAGGUCGGGCUGCUGGUCGUGGCUUGUACUUUACCUUUACCUGCUGGUUAUUUCAUGCCAGUUUUUGUUUAUGGUGCAGCAGUGGGUCGUUUUAUCGGCGAGGGAUCUUUCUAUCUGCUCUCAGGUGGAAUCUCAUCAGGGAAGAGCAUGAUAAACCCAGGCGGCUACGCUUUAGCAGGAGCAGCUGCUUUCUCCGGGGCCGUGACACACACACUGUCUCCUGCCCUGUUGGCGGUGGAGAUGACCGGUCAGUGUUCCUACGCUGUUCCCGCUCUGGUGGCGACGCUGGUGUCCAAUGCCGUGGCUCGGGCUAAACACAGGCCGUCUUUCUAUGAUGGCAUAUCGCUUAUUAAACGGCUGCCGCACCUGCCGUCUCUCAUCCGCGCAUGUCCGAAGUUGGCCGAUGUUCAGAUCAAGCAGUUUGUGAUCCCAGCAGGAGCUGUUCUGGAAAGGAGCGAGACACUGAUAAGUGUUCAGCACAUCCUAAAGGACAGCACAGACUCUGAACUACCUGUGGUGGAGUCACGCGACUCCUCUGUUCUCCUGGGCACAAUCAACAGAUCGCAGCUGCGUGAGUGUCUGCUUGAGCACAGAAAUGAGGAUUCAUGUAAACAGCUUGAAGAAGUGUGUUGUGUUCAGCCUGUGCGUCUUCAUCUGACUCCUGACAGCACAGUAAAGCAGGCUCAUUGCAUCAUGAGCGUCACGGGUGAGCAGCGUCUGUUUAUAACAGAGAGUGGGCGACUGUGUGGCGUCAUCACAUGGAAAGAGAUGAAGAAAGUAAUUGAAGAGAUGGCAAAGGAGGUCUGAUGCAUAAAGGGUGCAUCAAUUUGCGCUUGUCAUUUUGAUCUACUCAUGAUUUUACUUGGAUCAUUAUGUGAAGGUCAGUCAGUGAAUAAUUAUUCAUAAUGAAAUGAUAAAGAAAUAAUUGCUUUUUCAUUUGAUAAUAGGUAAGAGAAAGUCGUUUGAAGGACAUGUAUUUGUCUUUUUAAAAAGAAAUAUAGCAAAAACACAACCAGAACACAAUUCCUGAACAGUUGUUAACUGAAAAAAUAUCUAACAUUUUGAAACAGCCAGAAUUUAAAAUCAGAAUUGUGAAUGGUUAUGUCAAUUGUCCAUGACAUGCCCUCAUAAUCAUUUUUUCACACAUAUGUGCUAUUUAACAAACUUAAUGUGCAUUUCAAAUUGCAUACUUGUGCACUAUUUUACACCAUUUUGUAGUAUAAAUAGUAAGUAGUGCAUUCAUUCUGAAAAUUCUAGAAACAAUAAGUGCACUUUAAAUACCAGGAUGUGAUAAUACUUAUUCAACCAAUAAAAGAAGUGUGUAAUGUUGAACACUUCAUGCACUCAACAGUUGCAGCUUUGCUCACGUAGAAACUACAUCAGGUGCUGUGGUUUGUAUUGCUUUAUUUAUUUUGAAAUUGUGAAAAAUUUUCCAACAUAGAUGUUUAUGUGCCUCCUGAUGGUGAAUGUGGUUGUACUUUUUGAUAGAUUGAUCUUUUAUUUUAUUAAUUUGGCAAAAGGUAAACGUUAACGGGGAGACAGUUUGAAUUUCUGUUUAGUAAAAAAUUAUAGUGUGCCGUUUGAGAUGACACUAAACAUACAUUACACAGUUUAUGUAUAAGUGCGUAAAGUAUAAUGUGUCAUUUGGGACAUAACUGUAGUUUUUAUUAUCUUGUUUUACGAUAUUAUUCUGUUUUCUGUGUUCCAUUUGUUUUCAUAGUUACUGAUGAUGUAGCACACCUGUUUCUAGUUUUUAUCUCAUCUGCCAGCCUAUUCAGUUCUCUCUGUUUGUUCAGUACUUUCUCUAAUGUUAUUUUGCUGAUGUAUUGGUUUUCUUGUGGAUUAUUCUCUUUUUUCAAAUUAAAAUAAAGCUUAAAGCUGCAUUUGGAUCA